AUGGCGGGGGGGCAGUACAGAGGGGUGAGGAAGAGGAAGUGGGGGAAGUGGGUGUCGGAGAUCAGGGAGCCCGGGAAGAAGACGCGGAUCUGGCUGGGGAGCUUCGAGUCACCGGAGAUGGCGGCGGCGGCGCACGACGUGGCGGCGCUCACGCUGCGGGGGCGCGAGGCGAGGCUCAACUUCCCGGGGCUCGCCCACCGCUUCCGCCGCCCGGACACCGCCGACCCCGGCGACGUCCGCGCCGCCGCGCUCGAGGCCGCCGCGCAGGUCCGCUUCCGCCCCGACCUCGUCGACGUGCGCCGCCACGACGGCGGCGGCGGAGGCUGCUGCUCCGGCUUCGAGGACGACGAAAGCGGCGGCCAGGACAGCCUCGGCGGCUCGGCGGCGGCGGCGUUGGAGUGGGACGUCCUGGUCGGCGCCGGCGACGAGCUGGAGGCCAGGUCGCCCAACAUGUGGGCUGAGCUGGCGGAGGCCAUGCUGAUGGCCCCACCUGUCUGGGAGGGCGGAGUGGCGGACAAUGACGAGUGGGCCCACCAGGCAUCGUCCCUGUGGGACCCAUCAGUCUGGGACUACUGAUAAAUUAAUCCUUCCCACCUGAUCGAUAUAUAUAUUCACAGCCUUUUGGUUUUUAGAGGUGUGAAAUUUCAUUAAUUGGUUUCCCAAAGACAAAUGCACACAGCCACGUAGGAAUUGCUCUAAAU